AUGAUCAAUGUCCCCAUCUGUGACGCACUGGUGCCGCGACACUGCGUCACGGGCACGCGCACGGUCUCAGGUGCGCGCAUGUUUUUUUGUGGAGCGCGCGGACUCGGCUGCACGUGCGUCGCUUCGUGCGCGGGUCCUCUGCGCGCGCGGGACCGAGGCUCCAUCACCGGAGGAAGAGGAGAAGUUCAUGGAUCAAGUCCACAAGAAGUGACCCUCAGAGCCCCCCCUCAGAUGGAGCCCCCCCCUGCCCCCACAGACAUCUCCAACAUCCGCAGACCAAGACCCACCGCUCUGAGGAGCAAAGCCACACCAGGGGACAUCGACCUGAGUCCAGUCUCUAUUCCAGGUCCUCACCCCCCUCCUCGCCUCCACUCCCCCAAUGCCCCCCCUCCUCGCCUCCACUCCCCCAAUGCCCCCCCUCCUCGCCUCCACUCCCCCAAUGCCCCCCCUCCUCACCUCCACUCCCCAAAUGCCCCCCCUCCUCACCUCCACUCCCCAAAUGCCCCUCCUCCUCGCCUCCACUCCCCCAGUGCCCCCCCUCCAAACCCCCACUCCCUCAGCAGCUCCACACAGAGCCAAUCCCCGCAGGAGAAGACUGACGUGGGCAGUGAUUUCAGGGUGCACAUAGUCACAUGGAACGUGGGCUCCGCUGUGGCCCCUGAUGACAUCACGUCUCUGUUUGGUCCAAACGUCUCCGAUGGAAAGGUGGACAUGUUCGUCAUUGGACUUCAGGAGGUCAACUCCACAAUCAACAAGAGGCUGAAGGACGCUCUGACCUCUGACCCCUGGACGGAGCUCUGUAUGGAGACGCUGAGCCCCAGUGGGUUUGUCCUGGUGGCCUCCCAGAGGAUGCAGGGUGUUCUGCUCCUGGUCUUCUCAAAGUUCUGUCACCUGCCGUUUGUCAGGAACGUCCAGACCCAGAGCACACGCACAGGACUGGGAGGAUACUGGGGUAACAAAGGCGGGGUCAGUGCCCGGAUGUGGGUGUUCGGUCACAGCCUGUGUUUCCUGAACUGCCAUCUUCCCGCUCACAUGAGGAACCUAGAGCAGAGGAUGGAGGACUUCCAGAGCAUCCUGCAGCAGCAGCAGUUUGAAGGAGGAUCUGCCACUGGAGUCUUGGACCAUGAUGUGGUCUUCUGGUUCGGAGAUUUGAAUUUUCGCAUCGAGGAUUACGACAUCCAUGUUGUAAAGUGUGCCAUCGACGGAAACAAGCUGCCCCUCCUAUGGGAGCGAGACCAGUUGAACUUGGCCAAAAACACAGAAUCCACUCUGGACGGAUUCAUGGAAGGAUUGCUCCACUUUCAACCCACGUACAAGUUUGAUGUGGGGACUGACACGUACGAUACCAGUGCAAAGAAAAGGAAACCUGCCUGGACCGACCGCAUCCUGUGGCGUCUGCGGAGGACCGGUUCUCCUCUGCCGACCCACAAUGCCGCGCUGCAGAGGGGUCUCACCUCGUGGUUCGGAGGCACCACUAAAGUCUCACAGGAGAACUACAGGAGCCACAUGAGCUACAGGAUCAGCGACCACAAACCGGUCUCCUCGCUGUUCUCCCUGCAGUUUCCCUUCAGAGUGGAGCAGCCGCUUGUGGAGCUGCACGUUCACAGUGUUUGGACGCAGGUUUCUGAUUCGACAGUGAGACUGACGGUCGCCUCCAGUUACCAGCGCAGCUCCUGGGACUGGGUGGCCAUCUACAAGGUGGGAUUCAGGCAUCACAAAGACUACCAGGCCUACGUGUGGGCCAAGGGAGACCAUGUGGCACAGGUGACUUUCCCAGAAGAGGAGUUGCCAAAGGAAGACUGUGACUACAUCCUGGGCUUCUACAGCAGCUGCAUGAACAGUAUUGUGGGGCUGUCGGCGCCGGUUCAGAUACACAUGCCCAUCCACAGCCCCACGCUGCAGAGACUCGGCAGCUCCGACCUCAGCUCAGAGGACGAUAGCACCAUGGAGCUGCUGGCUGGAGGCUCCCCCAGCCCCAGUCCUCAGACCGGCAAGCAGCGCCUCAGCCUCAGCCGCAGCCCGGUCCUCAGCUCCAAUCCUCUCCCCUCGCUGCAGGGCCUCAGCCUCAGUCCCACAACAAAGGUCCAGGUGUCAGCAAAGAAGGAGCGACUGGUUUCUCCAGACGUGGCUCCUGCUGUGGUUAGCCCCCUCAGGGUGUCUGCUCCUGAGGCACUGGUCGCCGCCAUCCUGGGAGAGAACCUGCACUCAGGGUUAAAGCCCUCCACAUGA